UAAUAGCCAUUCUUUUAUUCUAAAAUCUACCUUACAAGGAUGUUUUCUUUUUCUGCAUUAAUUACAGAUCUUUUGUAAAUUGUGAGUGAUCUUUUGGUAGUUCUGCCAUAAUGAAUGAAUAGCUUUGAUCAUUUAGCACAUGGGACAUUGUAAAAGCACCGGCAGCUGCAGUGCCUUGAUGCCCAGAAAGAGUUGUGAAGUCACGAUUGCCCAUAUUCGUGACAAAUGACGAUAAAUGAUCUUUCUGCAGUGGACACUUUGAGAGAAAAACUUUUUGCACUUUCAACACACAAUGGCAGUAUGUGUUUCUGAUAAUUGCAAACUUUAACUGACUUGAGUAUGAGAGGAAGGUUCAAAGCUCUUGCAGCACUGAUGGAAGGUUGUAGCAGGAUUUGGGACUAAAAGCUCUGGGUCUUACUGCACUUGAAAACAUAUCAGAAGGGAAAACGAUUAUAUGCGACUAUAAUAAAAUCCGCCUUUUUGUUGAUCCACAUGACAAAAUGCACCCACCCUAAAAACUACUAAAUAGGUCAAACUUAGGGAGAACCAUGUUUCUUAUCUGUCACCCCCUUUCAAGAAAGGCAUCAAUAUUCAAGUGAAUGCAUAAUAUAAUAAGAAAUAUGACUUUGACACAUCAAAUGCUGAUGACAUGCACUAAAAACUAGUUUUUAAAUUAGUCUUUGCAGUCUGGACUGUUUAAAUGGCGCUGUCAUAUCCAUUUACCUAUUUAACUACUGCUAAACUGAUGAAUUUCUUGGGGCCACUGGGUAGUUAGUAUUAGGGUAGUUUAGCUCUUAGGGUUUUCUGUAUGUAGGUUAGAAAUGAUACUGUAGAUGACGUGCUUUAUUUGAUUGUGGUAUGUGCUUAGUGUCUGAGACCCUACAUACAAGGUUCAGAUAGCUUACCAAAAAAAGAGGUGGGGAGCAACAGAGUAGGGAGACAGAAGCAGCUUCAGUGAAUUGCUGAAACAACAUUCAUUUGUUUGUUUGUUUGUUUAAAGGGUACAUGAAUAAAUGCCAUCAACCUCAUUAAAACAAGUAUAAAUACAUAUUGUAAGUUUACAUAAACAACACUCUACCUCCAUUUUUGAACGUAAUUCUCUAAUGAAUCUACUCGGGUGUAUGCGUUUUUCUUUACCAGCUGGGAUGGUGUCUCCUGCUAUCGCUCUGGCCUUCCUUCCCCUCCUGCUGACACUGAUUAUCAGGUACCGCUACUACUUUGUGCUGUUCUAUCGUGCGUUCCUGGUCAGGGCAUGGAGGGAUUGUGUAACUGGUCUGACCCGAGAGGAACGUGCCUACCAGUAUAUUCUCACUCAUGCCACCCCCGGAGACCCAGAUAGUAUUCUGGAUACCUUUGAUGUCUGGUGCAGCAAGGUGGAGUUCAUCAGCAACAUUGGGCCUAAAAAAGGGAAGAUCCUGGACCGGCUGCUGAUGGAGCAGAGUCCUCUGACAGUGCUGGAGCUGGGUUCCCACUGCGGGUACAACACUGUGCGGAUCGCCCGGGCCCUGCCCCUGGGUGCCAGGCUCUACAGUGUCGAGAUGGACCAGAGGAACGCUGCUAUCAGUGAGAAAAUCAUCCGCCUGGCCGGGUUUGACGAUGACACAGUGGAGCUCAUCGUGAACCCAUCUGAUGAGGUGAUCCCUAAGCUGCGGUCUGAUUAUGGUGUGGAAAGGCUUGAUUUUGUCUUCAUGGACCACUGGAAGAAAUGCUACGCACCUGAUCUGCAGAUGCUGGAGGGCUCUGGUCUGCUGGGAAAAGGAUCCAUGAUUGUGGCCGACAACGUGCUGUUCCCUGGGGCUCCAAAAUUCCUCAGACACAUUCGCAAGAGCGGUCUAUAUCAGUGGAAGGUCCACCGGGCCACACUGGAGUACAGCAAAGGCAUCAGGGACGGGAUGGCUGAGCUGGUUUAUCAGGGCAUCAAGUAGAUCAUGCAGACUGGGAUAUCACACACUGUUACACAGAUACACAUUUUUGGAGUGGGAGUUGGUGAAUUGAUGAUGGUAUAGCCCGUGUUAAAACACGUUUUAAAUAGAGAUUAAAGAAAGGUUGCAAAAAAGAUGAUGGUAAAUUCUUCUCUAAAACAUUACUUUCAGCUGUAGCAUCUCAGUGAAAGAAAAAAGAAAUUGUCAUGUAAUCAUUUAGUAACCCCGUGUACGACCACUAGUCUGCCAGGGAUCUUUGUCAUUUGACACCUCCCCCCACCGUCAUUCCCUUCCUUUCAGCUAAAUAACUAAUAAAAACACAAAUAUCACAGAAGAUUCUUCAAAAAUACCAUGUUUAUUUAAACAAAACUGCCAAGUUUGAACAAAAAUUAAAGACCACAAGAGCAAAUUCAUUAAAUAUGUCACACAAAUGAAGCCCAAUGACAUUGUCAUUUUUGGUAAUAAUAAAUGUAUUUACAAGGUUAAUAUUGAAAACUAUUGUAUGUAACCAUUACCUGUUAAAAUAUUUUAAAUGUUACAUUCACUUACAUCAAGUGAAUUUGGGACAUUGGCAACACCCAAAUCAUAAAUUACACCAGAUUACAACUUAUCAGUACUGGACUCUGGAGUUCUUGUAUCUCACUUAACAGUGAAUUACACUUAAUCCAACACACGCCCCUCACUACCAUGUUACAUUUUGUGUUUGUUUUAAAUUAAAUUGUAGAAAAACAUAGUUUUAUCAAAAUGAUUUAAAUUGAUGCAAAUAGUCAAGGCUUCUGUUAAUUUCAGUACAUCUCAGCCACGAUAAGCAAUCCUUUAAGAUAAAAGAGAGACACUGGGCACUGUGUGAGUUCAUAUUUCAAUAAACAUUCUUCAAUGCUAAUGGCUACUUUUACCUCUGACACACCUAAAGAAUAUUAAAAUGUAUUUCAAGAAGAACUGGUGCAUUGUCUGAACAUAACACUAUUUCACAAGCUUUUAUGAAAGUUCUGAUAUCUGUAACAAAAGAUUAGCAGCAUACAUGACACUGCAAUUAAACAGAACUGGACUUUAUGGUGAAGUAUGUGUAAGUCGCCUCCAUAGGUAACAAAUUAUUUCGCUGACUGAACUGUUGUUUGUGCCCUGUCAGCUGUUUGGCGACUCUCUGAGUAGUGUCACAUGACUGAACAUUUGACACGGUCAAAGUUUAAACGAGAGCUCUCUGGGCUUUGGCCCAUGGCUGCCACUGUGUGGGUGUGUCUCCGACUAGUUACAAAACGGCAAGACUGUGUGUGUGUGUGUGUGUGUGUGUGUGUGUGGAGAGGCUUGUGGAAACUUGUGGAAACUCUUUGUUUGGACUGAAUGGUUAAAUGUAUUUGACAGGUUCACACACUGCCACUACAAGAAAAGAAAGAAAAACAGGUGCACAGGCGCGCAAACACACAUCCAUGCGAGUAUUUUAACAAUGUGGACAUGUGCCAGGAAGCAACACUCACAGCGAUGUCCAACAACCUCCCACGCCUUCAAAGCCAACUGCAGCUUGACAUGAGGCGCUCGUGCUGGAUUUACCCAAACUCCCUCUGAAGGAUAUCAUUGUAUAAUCCUUGAUUUUUCUAUAUUCCUUUCCUGUUUAUACAAAUAAAAAAUAUAGAUCUAUGCCCCUGGCUGAAGGGUCAUGUUUAAAUGGGGAGUAGAAAUCCAGUGCAAGACAGCUUCAUGGAGACUAACAUUGUCUUUAAAUCAUCCACUGGUCUUGGUCUUGGUCUGGUCCCUCCAUGU